UGACCUUUACUAUGAAUAAGAUGAGGCUCCUUUAUUUUUCUGUUGCCAUAUUGUCCCUCAUGCAGAUACCCCAUGUUAAGGCUGCAGGAUGUAAUAUCCUGUCAGUAACAUCUCCUUCAGCAUCAUCCCUUAAUGUGGCAUGGAGCACCUACAGCAAUGCUUCAGUUUAUGUGUUGGACUUGAGAGCUGUGAACUCCACUACUAUUUCCCCGCUGAUGGUGAUGAUACCACCAACCAGCACAGAGAUGGUGGUACAGGGGUUAAGAUCUGGAUAUGUCUAUGACAUCACCCUGAAGGUCCUUGUGUUUUUUAAUCUUGUGUGCACAGACACUAAAACAGCCAUGACAGUGCCGGCUACACCUCAGAUCACACUUUCUGAAGCUGUGUCAAGUACUUCCAUAAGGUUUGAAUGGACCACUGUGAUUGGGGCAGUUAACUAUACUAUAAUUGUGGAAGAGUUCAUUAAAUCUCUGGCACAGAGCUUCACUAAGACCUUCACAGAUUCAAGGGGACAAAUUGAUGAUUUGAAUAACUUUACAACAUACAGCUGCAAAGUUUACGCCUCCAACAGUGCUGGAAGAAGUGCCCUAAGUAACACAAAGAUAAUAACAACGUUGGUGCAGCCACCCACUAAUGUGAAAGUAGUAGCAACAGGAAAAAGUACAGCCCGAGUGACUUGGAACUCAGUGGAUAAAGUCCUGCUGUACCGAGUGGCUGUGAGUGACAGUAAAAACCCCAGCAACAUGCCAGUCAUUAGAAACACCACCAGCACAACCUUUGAUAUAAGUAAUCUGGAGCCCUGCACCACCUACACAGUGGGAGUAUCAUCAUUCAACUUCUUCUUGGUGCCUGGGGAGCCUGCUAAUGUUACACACACUACUUCUACUAUUAAUUCGGUGACGACAGUCUCAGUGGACUACAGCUGCUCCAGUGGCAGUGUGACAGUAACUUGGGAUGUGGUCUUUGGGGCCAGCUUGUACAGAGCCACAGCUGUAGAUGGGACCGGCACUUCUAGUAACUGCACAUCAGCUUCCACUAGCUGCCAGAUCUCCAUGUUAAAAUGUGGUGAGAAGUAUGAGGUCCGUGUUACAGCCCUCUCUGGUGCCUGCAGCAGCACCUCCAACAUAUCUUCAAUGUUUGAGACAGUCCCCUGUGCCCCAGCAAAUCCUCAGGCUUCAUACACUUGCAACAGCAAUGUAGUCAUCUUCAGCUGGCAGCCCAUCGACAACACCUUCUAUUAUGUGGCAACGUCUGUGGAUAGCAAUGGCAUGUCAACGGAGUGUCGAACAGUAGACAUCAUGUGUUUCUUCACUGAUGCGGAGUGCGCUCAGAACUACACGUACCGUGUGUAUGCUGUCACCUUACAGUGUAUCACCGACAUCACUGAACCUGUGAUUGUUCAAACCUCUCCUUGUCUUCCAACUAACUUGAGAAGGACAGCUGAGUGUGACCCUAACAGGCUGGUCAUAAACUGGGAUUCUGCUGCUGGAGCUCUUUCCUAUUUUGUAGAAGCAAAGGGAAACACUAAAGAAAGCUACAACUGCACAACUUCCUCCAACAGCUGUGAAAUUACCAAUGUGCCAUGUGGUGAACACCUCAGCGUGUGGAUUGUUGCCUCCAAUAACAAGUGCUCCUCUCCCCAAGUUUUGGGAGAGGUUGCACAGACUGUUCCCUGCACCCCAAACAAUGUCACAGUAUCAGUGGACUGCAGCCAAAACUCUGCAACACUUGAUUGGAUGGAAAGCAGUGGCAUUAUAUUGUACGUCAUUGUCGCCCAAGAUGCACACGGCAAUUCAUACAGAUACAUGUCAAUGGACAGCCCCCGUAUGAUUGAUGGCCUGAGAUGUGGACAGAACUACACUGCCAGUGUUUUUGGCACAGAUUUCAUUUGCAACAGCACCACCAGUCAGGAGGUUUCUUUUAUGACAGCACCGUGUCCUCCGACAAACAUCGAAGCGUUUAGAGACUGUGAUGCCAAUCGUGCUGUGAUAGUCUGGCAGAACCAUCAGUCCACAGGCCUCUACACCGCCACUAUAGCAGAUCAGAGCGCUGAUCAGCUAAACUGCACCAGCAACACAGGGAACAAUUGUACAAUAACUUCUCUGCCUUGUGGAAAGAAAUACAACGUCUCGGUCACUUACAAUGAUGGAAACUGUCCGUCAGCCUCGAGUGUGGUCAGCAUGGACUCAGUGCCAUGUGGUCCUGAAGGAGUCAGAGCCCAUGUGGACUGCACAAGUGGUAAGCUGACAGUCUUCUGGAACAUCUCCUCUACUGCUGAGAACUACACCACUGUGAUAUCCAGAGGAUCGGGCCAGCCUCUGUACUGUAACUCCACAGAGACACAGUGCAGUACAGGAGGACUGGAGUGCGGAAGCACCUACGCAGUGACGGUCUUUUCUAUCACUGGGACGUGCAAGAGCCUGCCGAGCACAGAGGUCACAGUGGACACAUUGCCGUGUCCUCCCACCAACGUCACAGUGACACGCACAUGUGCUCCACACCCUGUUCCUGUGUCAUGGCUCCCCAGUGAUGGUGCCAAAUACUACACUGCUGUUGCUUUGAGCAGUGAAGGUCACAAGUCCUCAUGCACAACCAAUAAAACCUCCUGUAGCCUCACUGGGCUCCACUGUGGGGAGGUUUACACAAUAGGUGUUUCAGGAGUUGAUGACAAGUGUACAAUUCAACAGAGCAACACUGUCUCUGUGAACACAGAACCAUGUGCUCCCUUUAAUGUGUCGAGCCAGCUGAUCUGUAGUGCUAGAGCUGCUCACGUGUCCUGGGACCCCAGUCCGAAUGCACUGAGCUAUGCAGUGGAAGCCAUAAGUGAUGGGCAGACCCACACCUGCAACAGCUCCAGCCCCAACUGCACACUGAGUAACCUGCUCUGUGGCCAAGCAUAUGAAAUUGCUGUGACUGCCACGGAUGGAACCUGUGUCAGCAACUACAGUGCCCCCUUCAGGCAAGACCAAGUGCCAUGCGCUCCAGGGAACAUCAGUACAGACUUGUCCUGCAGCACCAAUGACUUAACGGUCAGCUGGAUCUCUUCUUCUGCAUCCCUCCAAUACAGUGCCACUGCUGUGCCAUUAGCUGGAAAUGUAACUUCGGCCAUCUGCCACACUGAUGGUGCCAGCUGUGUUCUGAGCGGCCUUCAGUGUGGACAGACGUUUAACGUCUCAGUGGAAGCGUCCUCUGGCAGCUGCAAUGGACCGCACAGCCCUCCACAGACUGUUCAGACAGCACCCUGCUCCCCUCAGAGCUUGGCAGCAGUGACAGACUGCGGAUCAAACUCCCUGCUGGUCUCCUGGAAUUCCUCUUUCGGUGCUUCCAGCUACACAGCUAAAGUUAUGGGCCCACAUGGCUUCUCUGAGACGUGUUCCUCAUCAGAUCUUAGUUGCUCUUUUUUCAACCUGCAGUGCGCCACUCAGUACAGCAUCACAGUAGCAUCCGAGAACAACCGCUGCACCAGUGCUCCCAUUCAAACUACUAUCACAACAGGACCAUGUGACUCAGUUAACGUGACCAGCAUCCUGCACUGUGGCUCAGACGUGGCCACGGUGUCCUGGAUUGCAUCUCCCGGAGCUCUGACCCACACUGUGCUCACUGAGGAUGGCACAUCUCAUGAUUAUAUUUCCUGCAGGACUAACACGGCUUCCUGUCAACUGAAACAGCUGCAGUGUGGGAAAGUUUACAACCUCACAGUCAUCUCUGAGGACGCCACCUGUAACAGCACAGGAGCAAACCAUGUUAUAAUGACAGCUCCAUGUCCUCCCACUUUCAUAAAUAACACUCUGAUCUGUGGCACCAGUUCCUCUUUUCUGUCAUGGACCCCGGUGGCUGAUGCUACAGGUUACACAGUUAACUCCACAGCUUCAAACGGCCACAAAUUGUCGUGUAGCUCAGCCACAGCUUCAUGCACACUGACUGACCUUCAGUGUAGUGAGACCUACACAGCUACAGUGACUGCACACGGUAACGAGUGCGACAGUGCGCCUGGAACCAGCACCAGCAUUACCACAGCUCCCUGUGCUCCAGUUAUCAUUUCUAAGCAGUAUACCUGUGGCACCAACACAGCAGUGUUCAGGUGGACUGACCCUGCGGGAAGCCUCAGUUUCCUCGCUCAGGUAGAAGGAAAAGGGCAUCAGGACGACUGCCACACGACAAAUACCAGCUGCGUGUUUGAAAAUCUCCCCUGUGGCUUGGAUUUGAAUGUAACACUCCAGGCUCAGGGGGCUCAGUGCAACAGCAGCCCAAGUGUCAACGAAUCCUUAGAAACAGCUUUGUGUCCACCCACUAACUUGACGGGUCAUGUCAGCUGUGAUGCCAACGCACUGACCCUCACUUGGGAUCCAGUGACUGGAGCUAUCUAUGUCUUACAGUAUGAGCAGAUAGGCAGCGCACUCCCUCAUUCAGCCAACGUCACCUCUAACUCUUCCCAUACUCUGUCUAAUCUGCUGUGUGGGCAAAGGUACGCUUUCUGCAUUGCAGCCCAGGAUGGAAACUGCCGCAGCAGUUACAGUCCACCCAUAGAAAUAAGUACAGCCCCCUGUCAGCCCACAAACUUAACGGUCCAAGUGGACUGUGGGACAAACAAUGGGAAUUUUUCCUGGGAUGAAAGCAGCAGUGCAGGUUUCUACACUGUGCAGGUGACAGGGGAGCACGGCCACGUAGCCUCCUGCUCCUCUAAUGACACCUCCUGCGCUGUGAAACUUCACUGUGGCCGCUCGUACUCUGCGACACUGGUGGCCUCCACAGAAAGCUGCAACAGCAGCAAACACACUGAUAUUUAUUUUGACUCGGCUCCCUGCCUACCAAAAGAUGUUGUGGCAGAGUUGGACUGUAACACCAACAUGAUGACUGUGAGCUGGUCUCAGACUCCGGGCUCAGAUAACUACACCGCCUGGGCCAUCAGCAGCACAGAUGAUCACAGAGCUUCCUGUAACUCGACAUCCGACUCCUGCCCAUGCCCUCCUACCAAUGUGUCAGCUGAGCUCAAUUGUACUACCUUUAAAGCUCUGGUCACUUGGAGUAAUACUGCAGCAAACACGGGAUACAUGGUCCAGGCCACGUCUGCUAACGGACACAGCUCCAGCUGCAGUGACUUGGGCACAUCGUGUCAUCUUAACAGCCUGGUUUGUGGACAGGAAUACUCUGUUGUCGUGGAAGCAGUGGACCCCAGAUGUCCUGGUCCUUCCAGUGCCCCCACCACCAUCACAACAGAGCCCUGUGUUCCUGUGAAUGUCAGCUUUCACUAUAACGUGAGUGCUGCCCAGGUGCAGUGGAGUGCAGGAAGCGGUGCAAGCUCAUACUCUGUCCGAGCUGUGACACAGCAAGGCCUGAGUUUAACCUGUAACACCGUAAACACUGACUGUGUUCUGACUGGUUUACAAUGCAGUCAGACCUACAGCAUCACUGUGACGGCUAAAAACCAGGCCUGUGAUAGUCAGAUCUCUGACGCCUCCCUCCUCAUGACGGAACCCUGCCCACCCACAAACAUUCAAGCCAAUGCAUCUUGUGGGCAACCCACUGCAACUGUGUCCUGGCAGCAGAGUGACCUUGCUGCAGGUUAUGUUGCCUACUUCGACAGCCAGCAUGGACACGACACUUUCUGUGUUGGCACAGACGCAGAUACAAGUUGUGUCGUCUCAGGGCUGAUGUGUGGCACAGUGUACAGCGUCUGGGUCAAAGCCCUGGGACAUCAGUACAACAGCUCUGACAGCAUAGUGGUCCCUCUUACAUCAGGACCUUGUGAGCCAAGCAAUAUUGAAGUGAUUUACGACUGUGGGGGCAGCUCUGCCAACAUAUCGUGGCAGCCCAGCGAUGGAGCUGUGCGAUACAUUACUGUGCUCACAGCUUCUUCGGGACACACAGCCAGCUGCACCACCAACCAAACCAGCUGUCAGCCGAGGCCUCUGCGAUGCGGAGAGGAAUACAACGUCAUUGUGAUGGCUGUUGGAGAGACUUGUAACAGCAGUUCUCAGAUGACAGGAUACCUCACCACAGAGCCCUGCGUUCCUACAAAUGUGUCCAUCCACUACAACUUGAGUACUGGCCGGGUGAUGUGGAACACAGCGAGAGGUGCUGCGUCGUACUCUGUUCAGGCUGUGAGUGACCAUAACUUGACAGUCACCUGUAACACCAGCAACACACACUGCUCUCUGACUUGUGGGGAAACCUACAGUCUCAGCAUCAACGCCAGCAACGACCAGUGCAGCCUCAGCACACAGACACUGUCUAACUUUACCACACGUCCUUGCCCUCCUCAGAGAGUAGCUGUCAAUCUGCAGUGCAGCUCCCGUACUGCUGUCCUAUCCUGGGAAGAGAGGCCUAAUGUUGAACUGUACACAGCGAGUGCCAUCAAGGCGUCAGGAGGGGAAGAGAAAACGUGUGACUCAGUGACCUCCACGUGUCAGUUCUCUAGUCUGGACUGUGGAGAGAUGUAUAACUUUACUGUUACAGGCCACAACAGAGGCUGCUGUAGCCAACCCAGCAGUCCCGUGUUCAUCCACACAGGUACUACUGAGACCAAACUCAAUACCACCUCCUGCACCUGGAGCGAUCUGCACUGUGGGGAGGAGUACAGUGUUGUAGUGAGAGCAAAGAGCAACAACUGCACCAGUCUGCCGAGCAACAGCUCAAUCAUCCACAUGGACCCGUGUGCUCCCCAGAAUUUGUCUGCCACUGUGAACUGUGAUAUGAAAGUGGUGUCUCUGAGCUGGGAUGCCAGCAAUGGGGCAAAGAUGUACACGGUUUACGCUGAGGCGGGAAACAAGUCAGUCAGUCUCAACACUAACAUGACCACAGCCAGCUUCACUGGAUUUACCUGCGGACAAAACUACAGCAUCAAAAUCACACCUCACAGUUGGUACUGUCCUGGAAACUCGAGCGCUUCAGUCUCUGUGCAGACCUGGCCAUGCAAACCCAUCGGAGUCUCUGCCAGCCAGGACUGUCUUACUAGUAUUGCUGUGGUAACCUGGCAGCCUAGUAAUGGGUCAGAUGUCUACAAAGCCACCAUGCAGACUGACACCGGCGUGUCAAAAAUGUGCACGUCAGACACUAAUCAGUGCAGCUUCCUUGACCUGAUGUGUGGACAGAACUUCUCUGUCUCAGUCACAGCUUCCAACCAGCAGUGUAACGUCACCUCCGGUCCAGCCACAAGUCUGCAAUCAGUACCUUGUGUUCCCACUGACGUCUCAGUGGUGAUGGAUUGUGCUAACAACACUGCUGUUGUGUCCUGGGCUGCCAGUCAGGGUGCUGUAAAGUACUCAGUCAUGGCCCACAGUGCCCAUGUUAAUAAUGACAGCUGUCAGACCGCUGGCCUUAGCUGUAGCCUCAACAACCUCACCUGUGGCAGCCUCUACACUGUUCACGUUGUAGCUAUGGGUGACAGCUGCUCUAGCGUCCCCAGCUGGCCUCUGAAAUUCAACUCAAUCCCCUGCCCGCCUCAGAACGUGAGCACCCAGGUCGACUGUUCGUCAAACGAUCUGACAGUUUCUUGGGACGCCAUCGGAGAUGCUGACCACUUCUUGGUUUCACUAGCUGCUGAGAAUGGCGAAAGCGAGUUAUGCAACACCACAAACACUGUAUGUUUCAGCAGCAAUGCCACAUGUGGAAAAACCUUCACAGUCCAGGUGACCUCUGUCAGAGAACACUGCCGCAGCGUGCACAGUCAGACCCAGAGCAUCCAGUCAGCUCCCUGCCAGCCCCAGGGGAUCAAGGGCAGCAUUGACUGUGUGACCAACUCUGCCUGGAUAUCAUGGCUUGAUGCUCCCGGGGCAGACAGCUACACUGUGUCCGGUGUAGCUGUAGGUGGAAAUGACUACACAGUCAACUGCACCACCUUUACCAACACGACGUGUGAGAUGAAAGACCUGGCCUGUGGUGUGCUUUACAACUUCAGCGUAUUGGCCAAAAACAGCGAGUGUGAGAGUCAGCCCAGUGCCCCCAUCAGUUUGGAAACAGCCCCCUGCUCCCUCUCUGCUAUCACUGCUGUCCCCCAGUGUCACAACUCCUCCAUCCUUGUUAUGUGGGAUCUCAUGGAGGGUAGUGAGAGAAACACUGUGUACACUGCUACAGCAGAAGCCAGUGAUCACACGUUGUUGACCUGCAAUAAUACCGGCACCAGCUGCUCCCUUCAGGGAGCACAGUGUGGCCUUCAGUACACCAUCAGUGUAGCUGCUUCAUCGGACGCCUGCAGCAGUAUGAGAAGUCCUCCCUCCAGAGUUAGCAUGGAGCCCUGUCCACCCACAGACGUGAGGGUGAACGCUGCCUGUGAGCAUCACAGGGCGGUGGUGUCCUGGACUCCGUCUCCGGGUGCUGAAACCUACCACAUUGUCGCUGAGGCUGCAGAUGGACACACGCACACCUGCAACACAAGCUCCACAAACUGCAGCUUAUCAGAGCUCCACUGUGAUGAGCAGUACACUGUGUUUGUGACAGCUGGCCAUGAGAACUGCUCCAGCAAAGCCAGUCAGAAUGUAACACUGAACACAGGUCCUUGCCAGCCAAGUGGACUCUCAGUUACGUACCAGUGUAGCAAUCGGUCCGCGACGCUGACGUGGACUCCCAGUGGACGAGCUAAAGACUACUACGGCUGUGCUCAGGCUGGAAAUGAAGACAUGCUUUACUGUCACAGCACAAACCCCAGCUGUGUUAUCAAUGGCCUCGACUGCGGAACUGUUUACAAUUUCUCUGUCCAGGCCUCAGACGGGACAUGCAACAGCUCCUUCAGUGAUCCUGUGCAGAUUGAAGCAGUUCCCUGUCCACCAGCUAUUGCUGAGGUGCAGCUUUUCCCAAUGCAGGACGAGAUCGAGGUGAUGCGUUUCAGCUGGAAACAGAUUACCUGUGGCGACACCGGUUACAUGCUCACUUUGACAGGAAGUCUGCUGGGAGACAGCCAGGCCAUGUUCGAGCUUUCUUCCUAUUGGACAAAUGUGACAUACUUUGAGUUUCCUCUCGUCUGCAGUUCGAAUUACAGCGCCACAAUGAAGAGCAGGAAUGCUGCAGGCAUGAGCGACACAUCCAUGCCUGUUUAUGGAACAACAGCUCCUUGUCCACCAUCGGGUGUGGUGUACACUGGAAACAGCUCCUUUGCCACAGUUUCGUGGAACGCCUCAGUGUUUGCCGUCAACUACACGGUGUAUGACAACACCAUAACGCCAAAGGUCCAGCUGUGCAGCACUGCACAGCUGUCCUGCUCGCUGUCCAACAUCGCUUCCAGCGAUCUCGCGAUCACCGCCAGCAAUGCCGCUGGAGAAAGUGAAGCGAUAAAUGUCACAAAAAUGGUGACGCACGCACGCAGGAGAAGAGAUCUCCAACAACAGAUGUCACUGAAUGGAAACAUCUCAGCUCCCGUGUUGGAUGUCAAGCACACAACAUCAACAGUCAUUUCCAUCACAUGGUCUAAGGUGGAGGGUGCUUCUUAUUACAGCCUGCUGGUUAUAAAGCAAAGCAGGUCCCACGAGCACCAGCAGCUGACGGUGUACGGCGAGAGCAUCAUGCUCACUGAUAUGAGACCAAACGCCACCUACUGCAUCUCUGUGCUGGCCAUUUACGCAGACGCUAGUGGGCCAGAGUCUGAGCCCGUAUGUGUGCGGACAGAGAGUGGGCUUCCACAGUAA